GCCUCCCGCGGCCGCGCACAGCGGCAACCCAGGGGUGCGGGGCCGCGCGCGGUCAGGGAGGGGCCUGCGGAGGCGCGAGGCCCCCGGAAGCGCCUUUCCCGGAAGGCAGGGAGGCGGCGCCGGCCUCCGGAGGCGGCCUGGGCGAUGGCGGCGGAGUUUUGUCCAUAACCUGGGCAACCGCGCAGCUGGAGGAUGGCCUCACUCGGGCCUGCCGCAGCUGGGGAGCAGGCGUCGGGGGCUGAGGCGGAGCCGGGCCCUGCGGGGUCGCCGCCGCCGCCCUCACCGUCCUCUCUGGGGCCCCUGCUCCCCCUGCAGCGGGAACCUCUCUACAACUGGCAGGCGACCAAGGCGUCGCUGAAGGAGCGCUUCGCCUUCCUCUUCAACUCGGAGCUGCUGAGCGAUGUGCGCUUCGUACUGGGCAAGGGUCGCGGCGCCGCCGCCGCGGGGGGCCCGCAGCGCAUCCCCGCCCACCGCUUCGUGCUGGCUGCCGGCAGCGCCGUCUUUGACGCCAUGUUCAACGGCGGCAUGGCCACCACGUCGGCCGAGAUCGAGCUGCCGGACGUGGAGCCCGCAGCCUUCCUGGCGCUGCUGAGAUUUCUAUAUUCAGAUGAAGUUCAAAUUGGUCCAGAAACAGUUAUGACCACUCUUUAUACUGCCAAGAAAUACGCAGUCCCAGCCUUGGAAGCACACUGUGUAGAAUUUCUCACCAAACAUCUUAGGGCAGAUAAUGCCUUUAUGUUACUUACUCAGGCUCGAUUAUUUGAUGAACCUCAGCUUGCUAGUCUUUGUCUAGAUACAAUAGACAAAAGCACAAUGGAUGCAAUAAGUGCAGAAGGGUUUACUGAUAUUGAUAUAGAUACACUCUGUGCAGUUCUAGAGAGAGACACACUCAGUAUUCGAGAAAGUCGACUUUUUGGAGCUGUUGUACGCUGGGCAGAAGCAGAAUGUCAGAGACAACAAUUACCUGUGACUUUUGGGAAUAAACAAAAAGUUCUAGGAAAAGCACUUUCCUUAAUCCGGUUCCCACUGAUGACAAUUGAGGAAUUUGCAGCCGGUCCUGCUCAAUCUGGAAUUUUGUCAGAUCGUGAAGUGGUAAACCUCUUUCUUCAUUUUACUGUCAACCCUAAACCCCGAGUUGAAUACAUUGACCGACCAAGAUGCUGUCUCAGGGGAAAGGAAUGCUGCAUCAAUAGAUUCCAGCAAGUAGAAAGCCGCUGGGGUUACAGUGGGACGAGUGAUCGAAUCAGAUUUACAGUUAAUAGAAGGAUCUCUAUAGUUGGAUUUGGCUUGUAUGGAUCUAUUCAUGGCCCUACAGAUUAUCAAGUGAAUAUACAGAUCAUUGAAUAUGAGAAAAAGCAAACCCUGGGACAGAAUGAUACCGGCUUUAGUUGUGAUGGGACAGCUAACACAUUCAGGGUCAUGUUCAAGGAACCCAUAGAGAUCCUGCCCAAUGUGUGCUACACAGCAUGCGCAACACUCAAAGGUCCAGAUUCCCACUAUGGCACAAAAGGAUUGAAGAAAGUAGUGCAUGAGACACCUGCUGCAAGCAAGACUGUUUUUUUCUUUUUUAGUUCCCCUGGCAAUAAUAAUGGCACUUCAAUAGAAGAUGGGCAAAUUCCAGAAAUCAUAUUUUAUACAUAAUUUAGCAUUAUAAUACAUCUUGGCUAAAUAAUACCAUACAAUCUAGUGUCAAAAACAUAAAUGGCCACAAAAAAGUAGUUUGAGUGUUAUGAAUAUUUAAAAUUGUAAGAUAAACAGUUUCUUAGAGCAGAUAGAAAAAUGUUUAUUUAAAUCUUUGCAUGAUUUAAAAACAUAUUUUCCAUUUUCUUACAACUUUAAGAGAAAAGAACUGGGUUUAAUGGUUUAAAAAAAAGCACAGCUUUUUCACCUUCGUCUUGUAUAAUUUCAUAGAUUGGCUGACUUAGGGUCUUUCAAUAGUUGGGAAUUGAAAGAUUCUUGUUAUAUAUAGCUAGUUUGGGUUUGUUUUUGUUUUAACUAUUUUGAAGGUUAGGUGAGAUGGGCAAAUAGGCUUAACUAUUUUGAAGGUUGGAUGAAAAGAGAUGGGUCAGUAUUCCUACAGAAUUCUUAUUAACUCAAAUAACUAAAUUUCAGAAAAUUAAGAAGCUGACUUUAUAUUUGGUGGUUUGAAGUAUCUUGUUGUUAGCAUUAGUAAUAAUGCUAAAAAAGGCCUAAUGAAAUGCCCAAUAAAAUAUUCAGUGCAUUUAUAGAGAAGGAUAUUUUGUAGUAGUAUAGUAAUGUGUUAUGUAGUACAGUUUUAAAGCUAUAAAUGGAAUUUUGUGUAAAUUCACAAAAAUGUGAUGUAAACAGGAUCUAAGACUAGAUUCCCUGUCACUAAACUGCACCACUAUACCUGUCUCUCUGUGUGGGGGACACUGCUGAUGAUUCCCAAGAUUGAGAUGACGAUGAUGACGACUGGGUGAACAGCCAUCACUUCAACAUUGUGAUAAUCCUUCACAGCAAGAAACCGAAUAAAAUACUAACAUUUCUAACAACUGCUCUGACAUUGUAAAGAGAUCCAACAGAAUCACUCCUGCUGAAAAAUACGCUUUCUGCCACCUACACAUUUCUAUUUAGGAAGUAAAAUUUGCUUCAUGGUCAUGACCCCAUUAGUCACUGUUACAGCUGUGUUGGGGAUAGGAAGUAUAUCUGGCAGAUUGACAUUUAUACACUUUUUUAUAAAGCAGAUUUUAAAAUAUAGUAACAUCCAUUUUUUUCCCUUGAAAGUGAUUCUCUUAUAAAAAAUGAAAGUGGAGUUUAAGGUAUAUCAAAUCGUUGUGGAAGGUGAUUAAAAAUCAAAAUUCUUUUAAAUAUCAACUUAAUUUUUUCUAAAUAAUAAGAUAUAAAAAAUUUUCAUCUAAAGUAAUAUUUCACUUUAUAUUGUCAAGAAGGUAGGUAUAUUGGUGGCUGAGGUCUCUUGAAAUUGCUAAAGGGAAAUUUUUCUAUGGUAAUGCUCUUAUGGAUAUAAACCUCAGUUAAAUGGAAUUAUCUAUGGGAUGUGUGGUUCUGGUUAACUAAAAAUUAACCAGUAAACACUCUGUAGUAACCAUUACAGAAAAUACUUCUGCCUUAAAAAAUAUGAUAUGCCAGAGAUGAGUUAGUGUUUCUUGACGUUGGAGACCUUUUAAAUGCCUCAUCUGUUGUACUGAACAGUUGAAACUGCAUGCAGCCAUAAAAGGGACAAGAAACAGAACUGUUUACUAACUUUGGGACAUCCCCUGGAAUUUUUAAAAAUAAAUAAAUAUAUAUAUAUAUAUAUAUAUAAAAAACUCUUCUAUGUCAUUUGCCUUUUUCUUCUAAAAGUGAAUAUAAACAGAAUUUUGAUUUGUUUUUUGUUUGUUUUUUGAGAUGAAGUCUCGCUCUGUUGCCAAGGCUGGAGGGCAGUGGUGCAAUCUCGGCUCACUGCAUCCUCCACCUCCUGGAUUCAAGCUAUUAUGCGGUCUCAGCCUCCAGAGUAGCUGGGAUUACAGGUGCCCACCACCACGCCCAGCUAAUUUUUGUAUUUUUAGUAGAGAUGGGGUUUCACUAUGUUGGCCAGGCUGGUCUCGAACUCCUGACCUCAGCCGCCUCGGCCUCCCAGAGUGCUGGGAUUACAGGCGUGAGCCACCACGCCUGGCUGUAAACACCAUUUUGGAACAAAGAUUCUAGUUAAUUGAGGUUUAACUUAAUGGGAGUAAUGCAAUACAAAAUACAAAUACCUCAUUGCUGAUUUAAACCAGUUCAUAGGAACUGCAGUGAUAACUGCCGCAGCCUUUUGUUUCUUGAUCACUUCUUGUGGCGUCAGGUUUUUCUCCUGUUCUAAUCAGGAGGUGGAGGUUGAAGAAUGUGGGAGAAUCCAAUAAAUAAUCUUAUUUACUGUUAAGAGUGUGACUAUCAUCUUACAGCUGUUUAUUAAUAACUACCCAAGUGACUACUAUGUACUAGGCUCUGCAAUGAGUACUUUACUACAUUCUUACUUGUUUCUCACAGCAUCAGUAUGAGGGAAGUACCCAUUUCACAGGCAAAGAAAUUAAAAGGUCAGCUAGGCUGGGCACGGUGGCUCACACCUGUAAUCCCAGCACUUUGAGAGGCUGAGACAGAAGGAUCACUUGAGGCCAGGAGUUCAAGACCAGCCUGGGCAAUAUAGACCCUGUCUCUGAAAAAUGAGAAAAUUAGCUGGGUUGUGGUGGCACGUGCCUAUAGUUGUAGCUGCUUGGGAGGUUGAGGGGAGGAUUGCUUGAGCCCAGGGGUCCAAGAUUACAGUGAGUUAUGAUUGCACCACUGUACUCCAGCCUGGGCGAUAAAGCAAGAUCUGUCGGGGCAGGAAAAAAAAAGUUUAUUAAGUGGUGGGAGGUGGAAUUUAAACCCAUUUACAGAGUUGAGAAAAUAUUUUGCUGGGUCCAAAAAUAACAUGUCACCAUUCUCAAACUUUGCAUUGAGACCCAGAAAGAUACUUGACUCAUCUAUAUUUACUGUAAAAUAUACUAUUUUAAGAAAGUGUGAUAUUCCAGUAUCUACCCAACAAAUCGAGAUUACUUGCAUUAUCAGAGUGUUGAUAGUAGUAACUGUAGUUUUUUUAAAAAUUAUUUUUAACCUGGGAAUAAACUUGUAAGACAUUAAAGAGA